AUGGCAAUCAGACAUUGCGUCGAGCUCGGUUAUCACCGCAGUACCGAGAAAUACAGGGCCAGUGCCGACUCCUUAACUAAGGAGAUCUCCAAACGCUGCUUCUGGGUGGCGUAUGAUUUGGAUUGUGUAGCAUCGUUCAUUUUGGGACGUCCAAAGGGAAUCCCAGACAAUGCCAUUGAUGUCGAGUUGCCUUUUGACAUUGACGAUGAGAAUAUCGCAUUCGGUGGUUUUCUACGCCCCCCGCGAUCCUCUUCCGAGGAGCCUCGUACAAGUAUGACCGGGGUCAUCCACGUUAUUAAGCUACGACAACUUUGGUCAAAGAUCAGUGACAAUCUAUACCCGAAUGUAUUCCGUUUGGUAGAGAAUGAUUUUCAUGAUUCCACCCUGGUCGAACAAUUACGCCAAGAACUAGAAGAAUGGCACUCAGGUGCGCCAGAUGAGCUUGAUACCUCCAACGCGUCCCCAUUUUCCGUAUUCGACUCACCUAAUUGGUUCCAUAUUGCCUAUGACUAUUCAAUUCUUCUAUUAUACCGACCCCGGAUAACAUGCCCUCUGGCGACACAAGGUGAUCCACAGAAAUCACAAUCCAUAGAUGCGGCUUUCCAAAUCUGUGCAGACGCCUCUCGCGAUAUCUGCCAGCGAUAUCGCCGUUUAUACCAAGCUCGCCGUCGCAUUCAAUUUACAUGGGGUAGCCUCCAUAUUCUUUUCCUCGCUGGACUAACUUUCAAUUACUGUUUGUGGCGUUCACGUCGGCUCCGUGAAUCCAUCCCCCAGAGCGUGGUGGUUAACACUUGUAUGGCUUGUACUACUCUACUGGUUAUUAUUGCAGAACGAUGGAGCCAGGCUUCGUCUUACAGGGACAUUUUUGAGUCAUUGUCUGAAAGAACCAUCAAUAUGAUGUCUGGAGACAAUUGUAACACCCAAACUGAUGAGAUGGGCGUUUCUCAUUCCGCGCAGGAGGCCGAAUUGCUGGCCCCUCUGGCGUCGAUUUUGGAUAUCGAUACAGAUGGCUUGGAUUGGAUGAAUCAUGAUCAUAAUAGAGCGAGACCUCCAGAUGUUGAACCAUAUGCCCCAUUUCAAGAGUGGAUUAUGGGACUUGACUAUGUGCCGUCGGCCGGUGACCCCCAGUGGUUCACCCAAGAACUCCUUAACGACAUGGGAGACCUUACGGCCCUGCCAAGUAACAACGGCCAGUUAUGA